AUGAUCCGCGACCCUUUCAACAUCCACGGCCGAAACGCGCUCAAAGCCAACGUCUUCCGCGCUGCCCAGAACGUCAAGGAAAAGGCGGCCCAGGUCGGCGCCAGCGCCCUCGACAUGUCUUUCUCGAUCCCCAACAACGUGCCCAACUUUGCGGCCCCGCACCGAGACCUGGAAGACCGAGCCUGGGCGGCCGUCGCGAGGCGAGGCGCUUCCGGCGGCGGCAUCCUCAGCGACGUGCAGGGCAAGGUCGCCGGCUACUUCGAGCAGGAUGAGCUUCCGAUGUACAAGGACAAACCAUACGGGUACGCGCCGUCAAUGCGGAGGCGGCGCUGGUGGCGACGGAAGCGCGUGCUGAGCUCCAUAGCCCUCGGCAUCUUGGGCCUCCUCUGGCUGACGGGCUUCUUCUCCCACGCCAAAAAGCGGAAAUCGACGUCCGCAUGGUCGUGGAUAGGGCUGAGCAAUGAGAGGGGAAAAGCAAAUUGGGACGAGAGGCGGCAGCAUGUCGUGGAAGCGUUCGAGCUGAGCUGGGACGCCUACGAGCGCUACGCUUGGGGAUACGACGAGUACCAUCCCUUUUCGAAAGGCGGCAAAAACAUGGCGCCCAAGGGUCUGGGUUGGAUCAUCGUCGACUCGCUGGACACCUUGAUUCUUAUGAACCAAACAACGCGCCUACAUCGCGCUCGAGAAUGGGUCUCCAAGUCCUUGACUUGGGAUCAGGAUCAAGACGUCAACACCUUCGAAACGACGAUACGAAUGCUUGGAGGGCUGCUGUCUGCGCAUUACCUCUCCACCGAGUUUCCGAACAUGGCGCCGCUGAAGGACGAUGAUCCUGGCAUGCCGGGCGAGGACCUCUACCUUGAAAAGGCCAGGGACCUCGGCGACCGGCUGCUGGCUGCUUUUGAGUCCCAAUCCGGGGUUCCAUACGCCAGUGUCAACCUCGCCAAGUAUCAGGGCAUUCCCUCGCACGCCGACAUGGGCGCGUCGUCGACGGCCGAGGCGACCAGCGUGCAGCUCGAGUUCAAGUACCUGGCCAAGCUCACGGGCGAGAAGCACUUCUGGGACAAGGCCGAAAAGGUCAUGGAGAUCAUUGACGACAACAACCCCAAGGAUGGUCUGGUACCCAUCUACAUUUACGCGACGAGCGGCGAGUUUAGAGGCGAAAAUAUACGCCUGGGUAGCCGGGGCGACUCCUACUACGAGUACCUGAUCAAGCAGUACCUGCAGACGAAUAAGCAGGAGCCCGUGUACAAGGAGAUGUGGAAGGAGUCUCUCGAAGGAGUACGGAAGCAUCUCAUCACAUACACCGAACCAUCGGGGUUCACCAUCAUCGGCGAGCGGCCCGAGGGUCUGGGGGGAUACCUGUCGCCCAAGAUGGACCACCUCGUGUGCUUCAUGCCUGGCACCAUUGCGCUGGCUGCCACGGGCGGUCUCACGGAAGCCGAGGCGCGCAAAUUGCCGACCUGGGGCAAGAAGCAAGAGGCCGACAUGAAGCUCGCGCGGGAGCUGACGCAGACAUGCUGGGGCAUGUACAAGUUCAUGGCAACAGGGCUCGCAGCGGAGAUUACGCACUUUAACAUUGCCGACCCCCCCUUGCCAGAGUCGGCACAUCACGACCCGCCUUCCACAUUCGACCCAGACCCGCAAGCCAACUGGCGCAACGACUUCAACGUCAAGUCAAACGACGUACAUAACCUGCAGCGACCAGAGACGGUGGAGAGCCUCUUCUAUAUGUGGAGGAUCACCAAGGACGAGAGAUAUCGUGAAUGGGGAUGGGAGAUGUUCCGCUCGUUCAUGAACUACACUGCGGUGGAGGAUGGAGGAGGCUUUACGAGCCUGAACAACGCGAACGUAAUCCCACCCGUCAUCAAGGAUAAUAUGGAGAGCUUCUGGCUGGCCGAGACGCUCAAGUACUUGUACCUGCUGUUUUCCCCCGACGACGUGCUACCCCUGGACAAAAUGGUGCUCAACACGGAGGCGCACCCGUUGCCGAGAUUUGACAUGGGCGGGUUGUUCUCGACAGGAUGGAAGCGCAAGCCACGGGGCCCCGACGGAAAGAUCAUUGGAGGGCGGGCUGAAGCGAAGCCGACGUCUCACUAA